AUGCUUGAUAGAGAGCACAUCGUCCCUACACCCAUCGUGGAGAACCACCAGCCGUUAGAUAUCCUAAUAGAAGAACUGGAGGUCUUGGAGGGAAGCAGGCUGUGCCAGGCCAUGGAGGGCAUCCUGAGCAUAUCCAGGCAGUUUACUGCAGAGCAGAUGUCCAGAAUAGACAGGAUUGCUGCAAGUCUCCACCGCAACCACAAGGACCCUUGGUUCUAUCAGAGGAUAUUCGAGUUGGGCCUGAAGAUGUAUGGCUUUGACAACGACUGGAGGAACAGGCUGAGGAUGUCCAGACUCCACGAGAAACACAGGUUCAGAAUACACAGCAAUGCUUGCGAGCCCCCGCAUAUCGGCGGAAUAAGCGAAAUACCCAGGAUAUGUAGGGAAUUCGUGGAGGGAAGAAGGAUUGUCUAUGACAGGGUGAAUGUUCUUGGAUACUGCCUACUUUCGAUCUCGGGAAUGGGGAAUGGGAUGGCGUAUGAUGGGGCAGAUGAUAUCUUCUAUCUCAUAGAGUAUGUCUACAGAGGAGAUCCUCAGAUACUCCCUAGGUGGGCCAGAAACGUGAGGGUCAUGAACGACUGGUCGCUGCUGUACUUGACAAACUACCCGGACUUUCUAUACACAGAGCUGAGGUAUCUGAACAAUCCGGAUGUGAUCAAGGAGAUUGUAGUGCAGCAGAAGUCGCACAGGCUCUGCGACUUCCUCUUCAUAAAGCUGAAGAUGAUGUUUUCUCAGGACGAAAUGGUGAACAUUCUGGCCAAGAGCUACGACAGAUCUGGGAUAGAGCACACAACAAGGGUAUUCGGCAAGCUGUUUGGAGAGAGUGAGGAGGCUGGUGAGAAGAUUCUCAAGAGAUUCAUCAAGAGCGCAGGAGCCAAGGAGCUCAGCGAGAUGUUCUACGAGCAGUGUACAAGGAUCGACGGAGACUAUGCAGAGGCGCUUUGUGUGUGCAUGGACAAGGCACAUCUGAUUAAGGACAGUUGUCUUGAGAGGCUUGCGGGCUCCCACUACUGGCCAUACAUCACACGCAGAUACGAGGACUUUUCUGCUUUCACGAGGCUACUGAUAGACAGGGGGCUCUCGCCUCGGAAAGAGUAUGAUUUCUUGAAAGGCGAUAUGGACGCCACCUUGGAGAAUCUUCGGAAGAUCUUGUUUGUGGCGAGAGAGGUUCCCUCGAGGAGAGAGGAUGUUCGGAAUGCCGUGGUUGAGAUGGUUAAGAGGAUGUUCAAGAAAAGAAUGGAGUGCGAGAAGUGCCAUGAGAAGAGGAUCGAGAAGAGCCUGAGGGUGUAUCCUGUCGGGCCUCUCAUCAGGAAGGAGGCUAGGGUCGAAGAGGGGAGCAGCUUAUUGGUUAUGUACGAGAUACUGGAGACUCUUAGAGGCCUAGACAUUCCAAGGAAGACCCUCUACAUGCUUUCGCUGAUGAACUCGAGUCUGUUCUGCAAGACCGUUGUUAGCGAUACAAGAUACGACUGCUUCUUCAUUAAGUGCAUGAACAUCAUUUUGAAGGACCUUGGGGGAAGGUUCCGCUGGGCGAUAGGCGACAUUACAAGGAUGGGGAUAUUUGACUCUGAUGGGUAUUGGGAAGUGAGUGUGAGGAAGUCCUUGAAGCUGCGGUAUCUCUGGAGGGCGAUGGCCUCCCAUGGAGACAUGCAGGAGAGGGGCGCUUCCGAAUGCAAGAUCCACAAGAAGAACGGGCUCUACUCCUUGAAGAACAUUGUGAUCCACUCCGACUCCAGCCUCCUUGUCGAGAACGAGUGUUCUUCCGAGAUGAUUGAGAGGAAUGGAUGGAGCUUUUUGGAGGAUAAGAGAAAUCUGCAGUACAUGAAGAUGGUCGACGAUAGGGCAAAGCUGAGGUACCUCGUUAGAGAACUGGAAGGGAGAAGAGACUCUGAGAGUCUGAGGACGGUAGUUGGGCAGCUCAUGAGCUCUUGCAGGAUUACAGACGGAAUGGUGUUCAGGGACUCAUCUGUUGUGUUCACAGUUCCAUUCAAGGCCUUUACUCUGUGUCUCUCGUUCAGCCAAUACGAAGAGAUGGGAGAGCAGGUCUUUGUCGAGCUCGAGGGAAAGAGCCAUGUGCUGAGGAUAGGAAGGACCAAUGGCAAGCUGUUCAUGAAGAAGAUGGAUGGGAAGAGCAGCGAGGAUGUUCUUCUAGGAGAGGAUACCAGGCCGAAGAUGGACGAGGUUCUCCGGUCCUCGUACAAGUCCUCGAGAUUUUCGUUUUGGCUGAACGGCAGGGUGUACAGCUGCAUGGUUGGAGGCGUGAAAAGAAUAAGAGUAGGUGCAGGGUUCAGAGGGGUGGUUGAAAAGAUAUUUCUCUGCGAAUCCGACCUUCCAAAGAAAUACACACUUGGACGUGCCAGGCUGUCGUCUCUGUAUGCUGACGAGCUGUCCAAGAUCGAGAGGUUUCUGGCCUACAAGAACUGGACUGGGGUGUACAUGGACAGCACAGUCCCGUACUUCAUGAGCGGAAGACUGGAUGUUAAGGUGAAUAAUGUGAUAGACAACAGAAAUGUUUAUUGGAUGUGCAACGGAAAGGUCAGGCGGUUAUUGGAGGAGGAGGACAUGAGGGAACUUGGGUGUGGGGAUAUGAUGGACAGGAUCUAG